GCCUGCCUAAAAGCAAAUACGGACGUGUAAUACCACGAAAUCAAACUACCACGUACAGUGUGUGGGACAGAAAAAAGAGUUUUAACCAAAAGAAAAGACUUGAGAAGAACUUUGUAAAGAGAUCACAGCCAUUUAAGCGUCCUUGGUAUAAAAAUACUUAUUCCAUCUCGACAUGGGGGCCAAACAAUAUCUACACAGAAAAAAUGGCAAAUGAAGAUAACACUCAAGUUGGUAAUGAUGCACAGUGGAGUACCAAAGAAGGUGAAGAAGUUGGUGAAAAAUACGCUGGUGGUAAAGAUGGAGAGCAGAGUUGGAGUACCAAUGAGAGUCAGAAAAGUGAUGGAAUGUACCGUGGUGGUAAUGGUGAACAGUUGAUUUGUAGUACAAAAAAAGAUCGGGAAGAUGGUGGAAAGCAUGGUAGUGUUAGACGUGGGUGGUGGAGAUGGGGCAACAAAGGAGCUCAAGGUGGUGGUAAAGGUGGGCGGUGGAGUUGGAGUACCAAAGGAGGUGAAGGUGGUGGUAACCAAGGUGGGCGAUGGAGCUGGAGUACCAAAGUGGGUCAAGGUGGCACCAAAUUAGGCAUCGGUGGUGGGGGAUCAAUGAAUCUUGGAAGCACUGGUAAUGGUGGAUAUUUAUCAGCGAAAGGAAAAUUUGUAUUUUUACAAAGACUCGAAGAAUACCAAAAAGACGUUCUGAAAAUGACAAAUAAAUACCGUAAGAUUCACCACGCUCUGGCACUUAGCUUAGACACAAAGUUGUCCAAGAGUGCUAUGGCUUAUGCAAGAUUUUUAGCUAAAUAUGUAAAGAAAAUAGCACAUUCGAAGUUAUUUGAAGAUAUGAAAAUUGGCGAAAAUUUGCUUAUGAGCAGUGUUCCCAUUACUGGAGCUACUGUGGUUAAAACAUGGUAUGAUCAAGUGUACGACUAUGACUUUAAAAAACACAAAGGAAGAAACGAGGCGCCGUACUCCGCGUUCACACAAGUAGUGUGGAGAAGAACACGAAGUUUGGGUGUUGGGAGGGCUGUGGGGAGAGUUAAAGGACGAUUGUGGAUAUUCUAUGUUGCAAGAUAUUAUCCUACUGGAUAUGUGGGAAAAGUGAACUACUUUAGAAAAAAUGUUCACCGUGGAAAAUUUAGAAAAGGAGGACAAUUUGGUACAGCUGGAGGUAGUGCUGGAGGAUUUGGAGUAAUGGAAGACUUGCAAACGUUCGUAUCAUCUGCUCUCAAAACUCAUAACAUGUUGCGAAGCAUGCAUGGCGCAGCUCCAUUAAAGUUGGAUCCACGUUUGAGUAGACAAGCUCUGAGUAAGAGCACUUCAGACAUGAGUGGCUACAAACCAACAAGUGAACCUGGGAUGAAUGUUUUUGAUAUUUGUCAAGGCACAAUGUCUGGUUCUGGAGUCACAAAAGCAUGGUACCGAGACGCCUGCUUUUAUGAUUUUGAUAAGCAAGAAUCCUUGAGCCAGACUAAAUCCCAGUUCCUUCAAGUGAUUUGGAAGAAUAGUAAAAACUUUGGCAUAUCAUAUGUCGUUUAUCAUGAAGCAAAGAAGAAUUGCGUUCGUAUUAUCGCAUUGUACACUCCUCCCAUGGAAGAGUCAAAUGUCAAUCUUCAGGAUCAAGUAAAGAAAGGAACGUUUCUUGGAUGUUACAAUGGAAUGUUUAGUUAUAAAGGAGGAACAAAAAUAUCUCAAUGUGAUUGAUAAUAGCAACCAGUUAUUACGUUUAGAGAAUUAGAGUUUUUAGAAAUUAUCAAAAAUAUGAUU